AUGGCAUCUCCAUUGUCCUCUUCCUCUGUCCGAUUGAAACCUGAAAAUCCUUACAGCUCACCUCUGCCCCUCACGCCUCCAGAAACUGAAGACAACAUUCUCUGGAACCCAGAGUCACAGCUUCCUCUCCACCAGUUGUCAUCGCAUGAUAGCAACCCCCUAACUACUAUGCACAAUUCCACCUCUUGCACAGAAGAUUUAUCAGCCAAAGAGAGUUCUGAAUCAGACUCUGCGCCUGAGAAAAGCCAGCAGCAAGCUGCUUUCGCUGUGCAGGGUGCCCAGAGUGUUACAAGCUUGAUGCGUGUCACAAACCAAAAUCAAUAUCCUGAGGAUAGCUCAGACGGGUGGCUACAGGAUGCCAUUUUACCCCUAGUAUCAUCGCUCCCGCUCCCCAAGUCGCCGGGCGAAUCUGUAAAGCUGGUUUCACAAACGCUUCCGUGUCCACCAUCGGAUUCAUCGGCGCCGGCGCUGCCGCAAUGCGCUUUUACACCUAUCGUCAAAGCUAUCCAAAACCGAUUUCAACAAGACGAUUCUCCUUACAUCAAUAUCGUUCAUGCCGUACCACCAAUGUUCAGUCUCAGCAGCCUGCCAACAUCGCCUCCCAGCACCCCCCAUCUGCUCUUCGGUGGAGAUGAUUACUUCAGCAACACGAUAUUCUCAAGCGCAGUAGCCGUCCCAUCGUAUCCCCACUCUGAUCCGGGAGCAUUUCAAGCUUCGGCAGGGCACCAUAUAUCUACCCCGAUUGUCCCUCCUUUCAGUGUGCAUGUAGCUAUCGUCGAAAGAUACCUCCCGCCCUCCUCGCCCCAGGAGUAUCGAUCGUUGUUUUUGAAUGAGGGGCCCUCGAUGCUACGUGAUCGGCUAUUUGAACUCUCUCCGGGUGGUGGAAGUUUGAUGUUCAUCUAUCCCACCAAAAAGGGAGCUGAUACGUUCAUAGAUAACUAUCUGAGCCCCAUCCUUGCCCCUCACCUCCGCCAAUUGGCCGUUAUCAAUGGCAUCUCGUCGGAUGUGGGUAACGCGCUGGGCCGUCUCCCAGCUAUCGCGUACAUGGAUGAUUUUGAAGGGAUGAGGGCGCGUGUCCUGGCGUUGUGCGAUGCAAUCAGCUCUAAAAACCAUACAUCAUCAAAUCUCGCUUGCCGAAAAACAAACUUCACUAUGACCUACGCAGGAAAGUCGAACGUCCCGCUUGACCGUAAGCUCUGGACCGAAUGGUAUAUCCAGCAAGAAACACCGCGAGCCAGGGAAAUACUGAACCACUACUGGCGCAAGGGUCACCGUCUUCCGGACAAUGCUAUGACCAACGCGUCGCAGAGACAUCCUACUACUCAUGAGGUCACAGGUGCGUCUCUGUUGCGCGAAAUCAUUAAUGGAGUUCGCCACCGGCCGUACCCUGAUGGGUUCGAGCCGGAUUGCGGACUGGAGUUGGGCGUGUUUGUGAUCCGCAGAUCGAUUUAA